CGGAGAAGAAGAAGAAGAAGAAGACGAGAGUCGACAGGGACACAGACAGAGGCAGAGUCAGGGACUGAGAGCGACAGACAGAGAGACGGUCAAAGGCAGCCACUGCAAAGCGCGAGAGCAGACGAGCAGACGUGGGAAGGAGAACUUCGGAGCUGGAGCUCGAGGGCGCGCAUACGGCGCAAGGACGGCCAGCAUGGCAGACGAAGACUACUCCAGGGCCUCCGACGAGGCAGAUCGUGAGAUGACGAGGCUCUGGCGGACGUGGAGGACGGUGUUCGAGCUGCUCCUGGACCGGGUACGGCUUGAUCCUGCGUUGAAGAGCUGCCUUUUUUUUUCUCUUUGCAGCUGUGUACACCGCGAGAGACGAGAGCAUUUACUGACAGGAUAAUACAGGGCUACGAAGUCACAGAAGAAGAAGUCAAGAUCUCUCUAAGCGAUUUCAAGCAGAGGUAUUCUGAUGCUCUCGGGUUCCCAGAUCGAAACAAGAUGCGCAUCAGUGCUCGUCCAUCUCAGGCGAUGAUGGAGCGAUACACUCCCUUGCCUACUCCAUCGAAGCCUAACACGGUCCCCGAAUGCGGUACAAUCCACGUUGAAUUCUGCAGCGAGACCCAGAGCGUAGGCACCAAGCAUAUUCGGGCCUUCAACCAGUUCAUCGACCAGCAAAACUACCAUGCCGGCAUAUUUAUCACCCAGUCGCCUAUAUCACCGUCGGCUAUUAGGCUGUUGACCGCGAUUCCAGGACGGUUCUGUGAACAUUUCCUUGAACAAGAGCUUCUUGUCAACAUCACUCACCACGAGCUUGUCCCAAAACAUAUACUGCUCAGCGCAGAGGAGAAGAAAAAGCUGCUGCAGCGAUACCGGUUGAAGGAGUCACAGCUUCCCAGAAUCCAGAGCGGUGAUCCUGUUGCGAAGUACUUGGGUCUCAGAAGAGGGCAGGUCGUUAAGAUUAUCAGAAAGAGUGAGACGGCUGGAAGAUAUGCCAGCUACAGAUGGGUCACUUAGUCGGGCUGUUAUCCAGGACUCGGUUUCCAGGGUGUCUUCCUUUUUUAUGUGCUUUAUUUCCAUAUGGUGCCAGGUGUAACGGUGGAUUUUUGUUCUCUUGUUCGUAUUCAUCUCUUUCUUGUUCUCCUUUCUCUCUGCUGGAUCUGAACAGAAACAUAUAUGAUUCAUGGGUAUGUUGCCGGCAUAUCCUUCACCUUGACACGGACAACUGAAUCGGUAUUAUUCGAUAGUAUUCAAAAGCGAAAAGAAUGGAAAUAGCCCUCUGGUGCUUGGGACGGGGUUAAUCAUCGCUCAUUUGGCGGAUAUCGCAGGAGACGGCUGUUACCACCACUUGGGUAGCAUCAUCUUACAUGCAGUUUGGUCUAGGAAUCUGAUGCCAUUGUACGAUCGAUCAGUACCUUGCGCCAUCUUCUCAAAUUGCCAAUCAAGACGGGUUAUCUCGGGGUCAACAUCCUGACACCAAACGCAGCCCAUACGAACUGUGACUUUUCUGCUCAAUUUUCUGGAACCAUACGAACCCACCAAACUCCCCGUUUCAAAUCUGGAUUCAUUGCUCAAAAUGACGAAACCUCAGCUCGGUUCUCGAAAUCGGUUUGCUGUCUAAAAAAUACUUGGCUGCGGAUCGGGCUCUGUUCAUUUGUAGUUCAUCUGAGUGAUGCAAGGCUGAAAGGGCAAAAAGGGAUGGCCGGGAGUUUCAUCAA